UUGCUAGUUGCUUAUUUAUUUCUUUUGCUGUUUGCUAUUUGCUUAUUUAUUUCGAUUGUUAUUAUUUUUUUGCUGUUUGCUUAUUUAUAUCGUUUGUCAUUUGUUUAUUUGCUAUUUGCUUAUUUGCUUUUGAUAUUUUCAGGCCCAGGAAGCCCCACGAUAAGUUUGCCUUAGGGCUGCUAUAAAUCAGAAAUGACUUGAAGGCACACAACAACAAAAUGGCAUGGAAUGGCGUCACAGAUCUACUCUGGAUCCAACCAUUUAUGUCAUGAAAAGGUCACAGUUGCGAUGGAGCCAAUUCAGGUCCCUGUGACUUUUGAAGACGUGGCUGUGUAUUUCUCUGCAGAGGAAUGGGUUCUCUUGGAUCCUGGCCAGAGAGCUCUCUACCAAGAAGUCAUGGUGACAAAUUAUGGGAUGUUUGCCUCUCUGGAUCAACCAUUGCUUCCAGGAAAACCUGUGGCUGCAGAAACAUGUUCAAGAGUGGGUAACUCUUUUGUUUCCAUCACCCUCUCAGGCAAAUCUGGUGGAACUACCAGAGAGGGGCUUCUCAGUGACUGCUCCUGGACUCAGACUGGCUCCUUUCUUGAUGUCCUUUCAUUAGUUGUCCAAGAGGUGCAGUCAGGAGUAGAUACAGAGGAACAGGCCCCAAGAGCAGCUCACAAAUCCUGGCAGAGAAUGGAGAGAGAAAGAAGAGAUGCUCUUAUUGUCCCACUUCGGGCUGACAAAGAGGUUCUGACUGAAAGAGCUCAGGCACAGGCUGAAUCCAACCCAGCUGGUGACUUACAUCAGGAGCAGGAAGAACAUUUUCUGGACUUCCUGAUGACAACAGCAUCUUUUCACUCAAGAUGGAUGCCCUCUCUGCCUUUGUUGGAGUUGAUUGGGAGGGAAUUCCAGGACAAGUUGAAAGAGGUGGGGAUGUCUUUGAUAGAUGUUAAAUCCCCUAUGUUGGAGCAGGAGCCUUCAGACAAAGUGAAGGUGGAGCAUUUGAUGGAGGUCGUGCAGAAAGACAAUGUCCUGGGAAAUGGUGUCCGGGAGCUGGAGUUCAAGGAGAACUUUUGGCCAGAAGUAACUGAGCAAACAAUUCUGAGUGGAAUAUCACUGGAAGGUCUCCCUGCAAGCACUGGCCUUGUUGAGAAUCAGAAAAUACGAGUAGACGUGAUAAAAACAUAUUCAUGUUCAUAUUGUGGGAAAUGUUUUGAUGAGAGUUCGGACUUGGUUACUCAUGAGAGGGACCACAUCAGAGAGAAGAUCUAUCAGUGCUCGCACUGCAAGAAACGGUUCUCUUGCCACCCUGACCUCCUGACACACAAGAAGAACCACCAGGGUGAGGAUCCUCACCAGUGUGCUUUGGACUGCAUCAAAUGCUUCAAGCAGAAUACUUUCCCUGCAGUGCACCCAAAGACUCCUUCGGGAGAACAAGCAUGCCAGUGCCCUGUUUGUGGAGUAAACUUCACUUGGAAAUCGAACCUUAUUAGACACCGGAGAACUCACACAGGAGAGAAACCCUAUCAAUGUUCUGAGUGUGGCAGAAGCUAUACCCGCAAAACAGCUCUUGACAGGCACAAGAGAAUCCACAUAGGAGAAAGACCCUGUGUUGGUGAUUCUCCAAGCAUGGGGCAAUCUUCAAUAUGGGUUCUUCACUUAUGAAUCACCAGGGGUGAAACAGACCCUGUUUCUGGGGUAGUGCCCAUCUUAUUGGUGUUUGUGUGCUAUGGGAAUGCCAUCGCCUAAAGAUUGUGUUAAAAAAAAAUCUAAGUCCUGUUCUGUGGCAUGGUCUCAUUAAUCUGAGAUAAAUACUGGCAACGGUACAACACAGGUAGACAGACCAGGAACAGGAAAUCUGGGAGCAAAGCUAGAGAACAGGGUUGAGGUAGAAAGAGCGGCUUAGGGAGCUUGUUACGUGUAGCUUGGGGAAGAGAAGGCUAAGGAGUGAUAUGAUAGCCAUGUUUAAGGGAUUUGCAGGGAUGUCAUAUUGAGGAUGGAGCAAGCUUGUUUUCUGCUG